CGCAUAGUAUAGGGUCACAUUUCAGCCAGCUUUAUAGAUCUCCCAUACAUUACCUUUAGUAUCCUUUUUCUUUUUUUUUUCAUUCAGUAGAAUAUACAUAAUACAUGUAGUUAUAAACUGGAAUCGACCAUCCCAACAAAUUAUAAAUAGCUCCAAAGAUUCAUCACAUGCAUCGAUGUUGCCACUCUCACAGAUCACUUUGCAUGCAAAAAAUUAAUACGCUCUCCCCAUAAUAAGUCCAUAUUUUCCUCUCUUUCAUUUCUUUCCCUUUCAGAAAAAAAUGGCCACAAAAAACCUUGGUCCUUCUUCCUUCCUCACCCAACUUGUUUGUCUCUUUACCCUCUUCUUCAUUUCUCCUUCCAAAUCCUCCAUAGACUCCUUCAUCUACGCUGGCUGUUCACAGAUCAAAUACAUCCCAAACUCACCUUACGAGUCCAACCUCAACUCCCUCCUCACUUCCUUAGUCAACUCCGCCACUUACGCCGCCUACAACAAGUUCUCCGUCGUGGGCUCAAGCCCAAACGAUAUCAUCUACGGCCUGUACCAAUGCCGGGGCGAUUUAUCCAUGCCCGACUGCGCCAUGUGCGUCGCCCGGGCCGUCAGCCAGUUCGGCAGCUUGUGCUCCCACAACUGCGGCGGCGCGAUCCAGCUGGACGGCUGUUUCGUCAAGUACGACAACACGAGCUUCGUAGGCCAGGAAGAUAAGACGGUGGUGACCAAGAAAUGCGGGCCGUCGCCCAACGGGUACGACGCGGAGUCCAUGGGCCGGCGCGACGCGGUGCUAGGGAGCUUGGGCGCCGGCGGUGGGCUUUAUAGGGUUGGAGGGGCCCAGGAUGUUCAGGGAUUGGCCCAGUGCGUUGGGGAUUUGAACGCCGGGCAGUGUCAGGAUUGUUUGUCGGAGUCGAUCAAACGGCUGAGGAGUGAGUGUGGGGGUGGGGUUUAUGGGGAUAUGUUCUUGGCCAAGUGUUACGCGCGCUACUCCACCGGUGGAGCUCAUGCUUAUGCUUCCUCACGUUCCGAUCAUGAUUCUCACACAGAGUCUGAGAAAACAUUUGCAAUCAUCAUUGGAUUAUUAGCUGGGGUGGCUCUAAUUAUCAUAUUGGCCACAUUUAUGAGAAGGGCAUUUGGUGGAAAUGGUGAGUUUCUAAUUUAGCUUAUACUAGUACUAUUCAUGUUUCUUCUUCCUCGUUUAUUUCUUUUUCUUCUUCUUCCUCUUUGUAAAAUUUUGACUUCUUUUUUCGGCUUUCCCUCAUUCUACUUGGCAGGUAAAUGAAGUACAAAAACUCUUCGGACCACAGUAAUAACUACAUUGACCAGGAAUCUCAAUAGAAAUUAUUCUUGUGUCUACGACUCCAAAAUUGAUUUUUUGAUAGCUCUUUUAGCAUUUUGCUUUGGUUUUGUAUUUCUUCUUUUUCCUGCAGGAUUUGUUUAUUUGAAACUUACUUUAUAUUUCAUUAUUUUUAUCCUAAAAGAGAUGGAUCAUUGAUGGGAAUCAAAGAUGUAAAGAUGUCUCUAGGAAAAGUGUUGUGCUACAAAACAAAGUUUUAAAAGGUGGAAAAAAAGUAAAAAAGGAUGUGUUUCCACUUCAAGUAUUGUAGCAAUGUUCAAUGUCUAAUGCAGAUUCCUUUGUAAAGGACCAUAUGAUAGAUCUCUGUAUGAUGCCUCUCCAACGUUCACGCAAUACAUUCUUCAUUUAUUCCUCUUUAUUAA